CCGCUGGGAGGGAGGAGCUUCGCUCCAAGAUGGCGGCCGUCCUGGGCACCAGGGAGGUCUGUUCCAAGAUGGCGGCGCAGGCGAGCCGGCUGGUCCUCACUGGGGGCGUCCGCUUUUACAACGCGAGGCCGCUGAGGCGGCAGCUGGGCGGUAUCUACCGGCCGGACCCUGCCGACCCUCGGACGCCGGCCUGGCAGCUGACCGGCGCCUAUGAGGCCAAGCUGUUCGGACGGUAUGGGGCGGCCUCCGGGGUGGACCCGGCCCGGCUCUGGCCCUCGCCCGCGCAGCUGAAGGAGAUGGAGGAAGACGAGAGGGUCUGGUGCCCGCCCCUGAGGGACAUGCAGGAGCGCCUCGAUGCCAAGGAGCGCGAGGCCAACGCCAAGGCGCGGCAGAGAGAAGAGCUCAUUGCUUCAAAAAUGGCCAAGAUGCCCCAGAUGAUAGCAGAGUGGAAGCAGCAGAAGGCUCUGAAAAAAGCGAAGGAGCUGGAAGAGAAAGAGCGACGACAGCUCCUUCUGGCUGAGGCCCGUGAGCGAUUUGGCUACAACUUGGACCACCGCAGCCCCCAGUUCCAAGAGAUGAUGCAAGAGAUGGAGAAGACUAGACGAAAGGAGCAGAAGCUGAUGAAGAAGAAGCGUAGAGAAGAGACCUUGGUAAAAAAAGCAAUGGAAGGAGCAGCUGUUGUCCCUGUUCUCACCAAACAUGAAGAGGUUGCUACUACAGAGGUCCUGCACCACCAGGGUGCAGAGACCACAGAGUCUUCCUGAAAUAAAUACAGCCUCUAGGCAAUGACGAGCUUAACAGUCAAACAUGAUUCCCAGAGGCCUGGUACAUUUCUUGCAAAAUAUGACACUGACUUAAAGCCAGCUUCCAGAAGUUCUGCAAGGGUGGGGCCUUUUGACAUAGUCAAUACUCUGGAUCUUUUGACUAUCCAACUCUGGUAAAAUAAGAGAUCUGGGUUCUGACAUCACCCCCACUAAUGAUAUUGGAUGUCUUUUCUGCCAGUGGAUUCUGAGAAGGCUUGAUGAUUAUUGCUGCUGCUGACUACAUUUGAUUGCAUUGACAAGCUGGCUAAUGUGUUGCAUUCAGUUAAAUAAACAUACGUAGUAUAUUAA